UAGCUUAAACAAGCUGGUUGUGUAAAGAAGUGGUUUUUUCUGAAAAGUGAUUUUUGAUCCGUUCAACAUGCAACGAUUGGAAGGGAUAGCCAUAUUGGUGGUACUGGUAAGUUCUGUGGGAUAUUGUGAUGUAUCCCAUCUUCUCGGAGGACAUGUCAUAGUCGAAGAAGAGAUUACCACGCUUCCGCCUCCACCAAAGCCAUACGCAUUCAGCUAUGCUGCUGGUCGUCGACCUGGCCACAUUGAUCGUACCCACAGCGAAGUUUCGGAUGGAAGUGGUGUGGUUAAGGGAUCAUUUUCCUACGUCGAUCCAAGGAAUCAAGUGCGGACCGUUGAGUACGUCGCAGAUGCUCAUGGAUUCUAUCCACAGUUGAGUCACAUACCGAAAUCCCCUCAGCAAACCGAAGCUGUCCAGAAAGCAGCCGAUAGACAUAUGGCUUUGUACGCCAAAAUAGCUGCCGAACGAGCCAAUCCUCAUCAACCUGUUAUUGAAGCAUCUCUACCUCGAGAUACGGUAGCUGUGUCCAAGGCCAAAGACAGGCAUUUUACGCUGUACGAAAAAAUAGCUCAAGAACACGCUAGGAUUGCGGCAGAACGUGAAGCAGAACGACUCGCCUUCGAGGCAACGUCCGAAGUAAACGAUCUGCACUAAACUAACCGGCUUACAUGUGAAACUGGAAACUCGUCUAAGGGAUCAAUGCAAUGAUUGGACUUUCAAUUAGAAAACGAUUCGUACUGUAUAUACAAACGAACUUAAUACAUAUUUUUAUUGUUUUCGAACUGAA